GUGGGUCCACCUCGUCCCAGCAUUCCAGACCUCGACAUCAGAGGGCUUCGUGUUCCAGACGUGAAGAUCAAAAACCUUCUGAGGUGUUCAGAAUGGACCUGAUCACUGCCAUGAAGUUAAAUGACUCCGUCCAGCUGAACCCUGAUGAAUACUAUGUGCUGACAGACCCCUGGAGGCAGGAGUGGGAAAAGGGAGUUCAGGUGCCAGUUAGCCCAGGGAACCUCCCAGAACCAGUAGCCAGGAUUGUGUCUGAGCCCAAAGCUGGCACCUUUACGCGUCCCAGGAAGUACAUUGUUUCAUCAGGUUCAGAGCCUCCAGAGCUGGGCUGUGGUGACAUUCGAACCUUAGCAAACAGCAUGUGUCGCUACAAUCUCGAUGAUACGGAUGUGGCAUGGUUGCAGCUUACCAAUGAAGAAUUCAAAGAAAUGGGUAUGCCUGAACUGGAGGAGUGCAUGAUGGAAAGGGUCAUGGAGGAGUUUGAACAACGAUGCUAUGAUAGCAUGAGUCAUGCUAUCGAGACAGAAGAAGGACUUGGCAUUGAAUAUGAUGAAGAUGUUGUCUGUGACGUCUGUCGGUCUCCGGAUGGAGAAGACAGCAAUGAAAUGGUGUUUUGUGACAAAUGCAAUAUUUGUGUGCACCAGGCGUGUUACGGGAUCCUGAACGUGCCGGAAGGCAGCUGGCUGUGCAGGACCUGCGCGCUUGCCGUCCAACCCAAGUGUUUGCUGUGUCCUAAGAAGGGUGGUGCCAUGAAGCCGACCCGGAGUGGCACCAAGUGGGUCCACGUUAGCUGUGCUCUGUGGAUUCCAGAGGUGAGCAUCGGAAGCCCGGAAAAAAUGGAGCCCAUCACAAACAUUUCUCACAUUCCCAGCAGUCGAUGGGCCCUGGUGUGCAGCCUUUGCAAUGAAAAAGUUGGAGCUUGUAUACAGUGUUCAGUGAAGAGCUGCAGAACAGCCUUUCACGUCACCUGCGCGUUUGACCGUGGCUUGGAGAUGAAGACCAUACUGACAGAGGAUGAUGAGGUAAAAUUCAAGUCGUACUGUCCCAAGCACAGCUCCACCAAGAAAGAGGAUGAUGAGACUUUCAAUGGAAGCCCAGGCCAGGAGAAUGGAAACAGGACUCAGGACAUGUCUUUUCCUGCCCACAUUGACCCUUUCUGCAGCAUGGGUCAAAGCCAGGAGGAGGCCCACAGGGUCAGCCUCCGCAAGCAGAAGCUCCAGCAGCUGGAGGAUGAAUUCUAUACAUUUGUGGAGCCUCUGGAAGUGGCCAAAGCACUGUGGCUGCCCGAGGACCUGGUGGAAUUCCUUUACCAGUACUGGAAGCUAAAGAGAAAGGCCAACUUCAAUCAACCGCUGAUUACCCCAAAGAAGGACGAAGAGGACAAUCUGGCCAAACAGGAACAGGAUGUCCUCCUUAGAAGGCUGCAGCUCUUCACGCACCUCCGGCAGGAUCUAGAGCGGGUGCGUAAUCUGACUUACAUGGUGACCCGAAGGGAAAAAAUCAAGAGAUCAGUUUGCAAAGUUCAAGAACAGAUAUUUAAUACCUACAUAAAGCAGUUGGAACAAGAAAGAGUUUCAGGUGUGCCUUCCUCAUCCUCUUCCAUGGAAGAUGCAGUGUUGUUCAACAGUCCGUCUUUGGGCCCCAGUGUCCCUAAGAUAGAGGAUUUGAAAUGGCAUUCUGCAUUCUUCAGGAAACAAAUGGGUACAUCUCUGACUCACCCUUUGGAAAAACAAUACAGGACAGACAGAAACAGGUCCUGGAGUGACGACAAAUCCACGCUGGGGCAGCCCAGCCAAAGGGAAGGCGGUGCAGCUCCAGGGAGCUUUUCAAAUUCUGACAAGACCUUUGCAGAAACACGGAUUGUAUCGGCGCAGCAGAAAAAUGUCAUUAUUGCACCAGGCCACAGAGAAAGAAGAGACAAUCAUCCACAGCGUGAGCUGAACAAGGCAGAGCUCAAAGAAAAGACUUCUAAACACAACCACAAACCACUGAGACCUACAGAACCCUCUCAGAGGCAUUCGGAAAACAAAAGGGCUGUGAACCACUCCAGUGGUAGGUCGGCACCUGGCACGCGGAGGGAUAUAGUGCCUAAAUGCAUGGAGGGUCUCGUCAAAGUAAACUCCAGUCAGACAGUAGUUCAAGUGCCUACGAUGCCCACGAUCCCGGUGAAAAACUGGGGUGGAUUCCGAAUUCCAAAGAAGGGGGAGAGGCAGCAGCAGGGUGAGAGCCCCGAGGAGACCUGCCGCCAGAACUCCAGCUGCCUUUGCCUGGGCAUGGGCAGAGUUUCACCGAAGGACAGAGCAAGGAGCAAGCGAAAGCGUGACAAUGAGAACGACGGGUACAUCUCCGAUGCUGAAAUGAGUGACCCGGAGACUGAAGUGCCUGAGAAAAAGCGCAGGCAGCAGAGGCUCAGCCCAAACAGCGCUGCCAGCAGAAGGAGGGACAUUAUCAGAAACAUCCUGUCAUCCUGA